CCAAGUUCAAUUCAAUUCGAUUCAGUUCAACCCCCUAAAAACAUUCAUCCUCUCUCUAUAUAACCUCCCCCCAUUAUCACUAGUCUCUGUUGAUAAUCCCUCAGAUUCACACACAUUUCAAGUCCCAGCCAACCCAUCUCUCUGUAAUCUCUCUGUAAUCUCUCUCUAGUCUCUCUUUCUCUCUCUCUCUCUCUCUCUCUCUCUCUCUCUCUCUCAUGGGUGUCUUCGGAGGUGCAAUAUUCGUGGUCAUUUCUCUACUUGUGACUGACCUAGCGGCUACAACGUUGGGACAUGCUACGGGAAAGAGAGAAGAAACUGUCGAGACCGGUUCCUGCGAUGCCUCCGCAGGAACGUGGGUCUAUGACAGUUCAUACCCUCUCUAUAACUCCUCCCAGUGUCCCUUCCUACAGAAGCAGUUCAAGUGCCUUGAGAAUGGCAGGCUCGACACAGAUUACCUCAAGUACAGAUGGAAGCCAGCCGGCGACUGCGACUUGCCAAGGUUCGACGGCCGAGCCUUCUUGUUUGGAUUGAGAGGGAAGAGGCUGAUGUUCGUGGGGGACUCGUUGAGCUUGAAUCAAUGGCAAUCCCUUACUUGCAUGGUUCUCACCGCGGUGCCCGAGGCCAAAUACACUUCGACAACAGUUGCUGGGCUUUCCAACUUCUCAUUCCCAGAAUACGGAGUGCAGUUGAUGUUCUUCCGAGACGCGUUCCUGGUGGACAUAGUGAGCACAAGCACCGGGCGAGCUCUCAGGCUCGACUCUCUCCAAAAUGCCAAGAUUUGGGAGGGCGUCGAUGUAUUGAUAUUCAACUCGUGGCACUGGUGGCUUCAUGUUGGGAGGAAACAACCAUGGGAUUAUAUUCAAGAAGGGAAUAAGACGUAUAAAGACAUGAAUCGCCUAAUGGCCUACGAGAAAGCAUUGAACACUUGGGCCAAAUGGGUGGACUCCAGUGUCGACCCAUCGAAAACUACAGUCUUCUAUCAAGGAGUUUCCCCCGACCAUGCAAAUGCAAGCGACUGGGCGGAGCCAAAGGCCAAUGCCUGUCUCGACCAGACACGUCCGCUUGCCGUGUCGAGAUACCCGGCCGGCCCGAGCCCCGCGGAAUUAGUAGCAGAGAAGGUGAUAAGGUCGAUGACGUACCCGGUCCGUCUGCUCAACGUCACUUAUCUGUCGCAGCUCAGAGUAGAUGGACACCCAUCAGUGUAUGGCUUCGGAGGGCACAGGAACAUGGAUUGCAGCCACUGGUGUCUUCCUGGUGUUCCCGAUACUUGGAAUUUGAUCCUUUAUCGGUCCCUAGUAGCUAACAACUUUUGAAUCUUUGCAUCAUUAGAAUAAGUGAACCAUCCAAAUUCAUAUUCUUGUUCCAUCAUCCUAAUUUAGGAUAUUAAAAAUCCCUUUUUUGU